AUGGCCUAUGCUCCCCUGAGAAGCCAAGGGCCUAAGCAAUCAAGAUUACAUGCCUUUAGCCUUGUAAUAGAUAAAAUUAAGCCAGUGCGUGCAACACUCCUAUGUAAAACUUUAUCUAACAGUAAUACACGUAUAUUGAGAUAUUGGAAAAUGUGGAUUUUCUUAGGAAUAAUUCAGUUCUCUUUUGCUUUACUGGUUAAUGCAGGCAGUAAAGGAGCAGGAGGAGGCCAUGCAGAACAUAACGUUUUGUGUUUGACUUCGCACUGUGCUCAUGAUGAAGUUUGCAGAUUGCACAACACAAAUGGACAGCUCAAUGGUCAAUGCAUUUCAAAACAUAAUGAACCAUAUAAACAGGCGGAUCGUGAUGGAUGUCCACAACUUUUAGGCGUGGGUUAUGAGUGUUUCUGCAAUAAUUAUUACUGUGUGCAACAGACGCAAGCAGCAACUGGUCAGCAUGCUAUUACUUCAAACAAUCAAAAUGACCUGGUGUGUGGUGAUCACGUGUGUCAUGGACAUCAGUAUUGUAUUGUUGAAGAGGAGAAAUUCGACAAAUUGCAUCUGAAAUGUGCAGAUGUACAUAACACACAGCAUUGUCUGCCGAAUCUGUUGAGCCUUGGAUCGUCGUGCUUUUGUGACACUAGGACUUGUGUAGACCAUACUCUUAUCUCCAUUUUUGCAGGACAUCAAGUUGCAGGCCUUAUUUGUCAGGAUCACGAUUCUCACGCUUGCCAUGCAAACCAGACUGAUACUAAUACAAUUUCUGCUGGAUGA